CUUUUUUCUUGACACAGAUUUGCGCUGAAAUCUGCCCAUAUUUUUUCUGGGACACAAGAUUGGAAGAGGAUCUGAUGCCUCUGAGGCAUUUCUUGUUUUGUGCACCGGAUGUUGAUCUUUACAGCAUCGGCAUGACCCACGCGCGGAUUCAGCAGUUGAUUCGUGCUGGAGUUUGCGGUGGAAUUUAUGCGCCCACAAUCACAGUGGACAACAUCUGUUAUCCGAGUCCGAUUCUGCGUCCGAAAAUCUUCGACGACGAUAAUGAGACGGAAAUCAACUUUCCCCGGAUGGGCAUGACGAGUUUGGCGAGCGCGAAAGGGAUUGCCAAAACGUUGAUCGAGUCGUCGGAAGAAAGAGGCUUUGAUUACACAUAUGCCUGGGUCCAGGUUCGACAGCCAUUGUAUCAAGCAUUGCUGUCGUCCAUUCAUGCAGUUUGGAUCGCCGCCAUCUUGAGUCUCAUCGCAUUCGUAGGCAUGUUCUUCCAUGUCAAAGUGGCGUUUUGCGUCGUUUCUGCUGCGGGACUCGCCAGUCAAGUCAUUGCGGGACUCUUGUUGAUCAUUUCGAGUGUCGACGAUUUGUUGUUCUUCGAUGAAUCAACAUGGUCGGUUUCCUCUCGAGCUUUUCGCAUUCGAAUGCAGAAAUUCGUCGGUCUGUUCACAUUAUCCCUCGCAAUCGCAGCUUUGGCAUUUUUCUUGACCACAUUUUUCGUACUCACGUGCACUCGGCGGAAAUUCAGUUUCACCCUGGACAUGAUCCACGUUGUCAAUAGACGGAUCUGGAAAACCCCGUGCUUGCUACCUGUGAUCGUCUGGUUUUUGAUCAUUCGUCUGGGAGUGUACGCUUUAGGUGCUAUCCAAGUUGUGGCGAUUUUCUCGGCUGCGACGAAAGCAAGAGCGGUCAACUGCACUUCUUCCGACUCCACGCCUGUGCGUGAUGUUAAUUUCUCUAAUCCGCAGCGUCUGAACAGCGACCUUGAUUCCAGUGUAGCUACGAUGAUAGUUUGA